AUUGGGUAGGGCCGCAAGUACCCACGUUGGGAGAGUCGCGGCUAGUCCCAACUAAAAUAUCCCCCGGUUGUCGGGCCAGCCAUCAACAAACUUCAAACUUCAACCUCCAGCCAAAUCCUUCGCUGGACAAUCAUCCUGCAACUCUAGGAAUCAUCUUUUGCCUCCAGGGUCAAUAAGCAUGGACAGACGAGCAAAUGAAACACCCAUGGACUUCGAAUGGCAGAGCCGUACCACUGGAGAUACCAAAUCUCCAUUCUACCAGCUCGCAUUGGAGCAUCAGAAUCGAACCAAGGACAAGAAACGUCCUUAUAGCCUUUUCGAUUCACCGGCAAAGUCGUCAACUCCGGCCCUGCGUGAGCCAUCCUCCCAGCCCUUCCUUUUCUCUCAACCGCCCGCUUCGUCCACCACAGGGCCCCGCAGCUCUCCAUUUAUGACCCCUCGCCAUAAGGCGGACGUCGACUUUUCAUCUGGUCCGGAAAACCUUUCUUCUCCAGAGAAUGCAGAUAAUGAUGAAACGCCCGAAAAGGGAGGCAGAGCAGACACGAGGAAUUCUCUGUUUAAUUUCUACGGACGGUUCGCACCCAGCCCAGGACGGGGUGAGAUCCCGAAAUCCAAGUACUCGAACGUCCUUGUUACCAGGGUCCAUAAAAAGCGACGUCGAGACCGUGAAAUCGAUAGGAAGCGACAAAGGGCCAGUGAUGAAAGCGCCAACAACGAACCUAGUAACAGCGAAGACGCGGCGCAUUCCCGGACACCCAAGCAAAACGUCCCUCAGGGGCUUGAAUUCGCUUUCUUUUCUCGCCUCUUCACUUUCCUAGAAUCACAUCCGCACAUACCUCGCAUUCUUUCAUACUACGCUCAGUUUAUGUUCAAUCUUGUCCUCGCCUUACUAACGCUCUACAUCAUUAUCGCGUUCCUACUUGCGAUUCAGGCAGACGUCGACCGGGAGAGCGAAAAGGUGUCCGCCGAUAUUCUUGCUGAUAUGGCUGUUUGCGCGAAAAACUAUAUGGAAAAUCGAUGCGGCGGCGAAGAUGGACGGAGAUUACCUGCUUUGGAGGCCAUCUGUGAGAACUGGGAGAGAUGCAUGAACCGUGACCCUGCCAAAGUGGGGAGAGCCAAAGUCUCCGCGCAGACUCUGGCGGAAAUUUUCAACGGUUUUAUCGAGCCGAUAAGUUUUAAAACUAUGUUUUUCUUCAUCGCCUCGAUAACGUCGUGUUUCGCCGUUUCAAAUUUAACCUUUUCCUUCUUUCGCAACAAGUCAAAUAACCCCCCUUCCCCGACGUCGCAUCCAUACAUGCCCUAUCCAUCCCAAUCAAUGCACCAACAGCAGUCGCACAUCCCCUAUUCUUCCGGACUUCCAUCAUAUGGGCAUGGCCACUAUUUCGAUCCCCCGUCCAACCACGCUUUUAAUCAAGAUGCCAACAUAAGUCAUCGAAAACCAAAGAAAAAUCAAGACGACUGGCAGCCGAGGCGACUUGCUCUGCAUUCCACUUCAGAGCACGGGGAUCGCGAUGAUCCUAAAACGCCAAGUCCCGUCAAACGUGAGAGAACUUUUGCUUGAAAUCGAUACAACACGCGUUCAUGGGAGACAGUGAUCUUAUUCAGGCACCACGAAAUCGCGCACCCUAUAAGCACAUCUUCUAUCCUUGCCAGUACACUCUACUUGUCAUGACUCUCCACUUCUCCGUAGUCCUCAUAGCCACACCAAUUUCUCAUUUGAAUGGGUUGAGCGCCCGGGUAACCGCCCCUUGCCAAUAUGUGGCGAAUACAUGGGCGCUGUGCAGGAGAUGUGGCUCGCUCUCUCUCUCCCACUUUAAAAUCUGCUGAGCUACUACACAAGCCAACGAAAACCCGGAUAUUUUCUAUUCUUCUUAACUAUAUCAUUAAUAUUUGGCAUCAGCAAAAGUCCCUUUGGUCGCCGGAGUCAGCUUUGGAGUAGCAAGCUAUAACCAUUGCUUGGGGCUAUCCUAAGUGGAAACCUGAUCUACCCCAAGCGGAACCGAACGCGGCAUAAGGGUAAGUUAAAUCAUUCGCUAUUCAGGGGCAGUCCCAACCCCGAAGGGGGUUUCUAGUUCAUGGUAUUUUGCCUUAUCAUCAUUCCAUAGUGUAUUACAUUCAAAUCGAGCCCGUGAUUGUGUUUUCUAGUAUUCUAGAGUGACGCAGAUGAGUCCUUAACUAUCCUUUGCGAGGUCAAAAGUAAUGCAUCACUCAUAUUUUUCCUCCUAUAGCUUUUUACCAUUGAACAACCAACAGACCCAAAAAGGAUAUCAAAUCAAAUCAAAUUGCAUUUUUUUUUUUUUGAACAUGUGAGAGAAGCCCUAUUCUCCUAGUCCCAUUGAGCACUAAAUUGCAAUGCUUAUUGAACAUUGGUCGCUUGUGUUCAUUUUCCCCCCGACCAUAACGUCUGAACCAUUUACCUGUUGGAGAUGGCCUUGGUAGCAGGAACAUGCAGAUUGAAAUUUCAAAUGCGGGAUACAAGAGCGAACCAAAAGGACCUGGCUUAAAUUUAUGUUGGCCCUAGGCAACGCAGUAGAAAAUAGGAGUGGCCCAUGCUAAAGCAUUUCGCGAAGAACCCAGCGGGAAGAGAGCGUUAGCAGCCGUCGAAUUGAUCAAAAAAAAUAACGCCGAGGAUGAUAGCUGUGAAUGCACAUCCCAGACUGUUCGUAUUGGUUGGAAACGCAAGCUGCUUUGCGUCUGAAGCUUUCUAAAAGAGUUGGAAAAAGGAAGUGCACGGUCUCGGGCGAAGGCCCAACUUUGCCGUGAUGCAGCCACAAGCUAUCAAUUCUACAGAAGCUACCUAUAUUUGAUUUGAAUUGCAUGGCCUUACCAAGCUCAAACCCAUCCAAUACUGAAGGGAUGUCAAAACCACCAUGAAGCCAAGAGCGGUCUUUCCUAGAGCAUUAUGAAUCAACAGCAGCACAGACCUAAGCCAUCGGCUACUCAAAGGAGUGUCCAUCUAGGCUCUAAUCUCCUGAUUCAUUGAAGUCACUAUCACACAAACUGUGAUAAACUCAAAGAUCCAACAUGCUUCUGAGAAAUAGAUCCCAGAAUGCCACAAGGAACUGCUUUUGCUGCAUUGCUUGCCUUCUCACUCAUAUGAGCAUAUGAAUCCAUCUCUCCAAUUGUCCAUAUUGGGGGUAGCCCGCAAGCAUCAAGGCCCAACCAGUAGGCCAAGCUGAGAGAUUUUCCUCAUGAGUAAACACAUAGCUUCCAGAAUUCAAUCCCUGUGCAGUUCUGGAUUUCCCAACCGGCAAGGCAAUUAUGGUGGCUAUGACCAGUGUGAAUUUGGCCAUGAUGACACCAGUUUGGAUUCUGUGCAUGAUAUUUGAACGAAUGUGGCCACAAUUGCAUGGGUUAUCACACAUCCCACAAAAACUCCAUACACAGCUGGUGAGGACGCCGACCAUUCAUAUGCAAUGGAAGGAAUGGACAAGAGCAUCAGAGCGAACCCAUCUGUGCAUUGUCAGUAGGAACCAAAUGCAUAGAAGGGUCUGAUGGGAGAUAAGGAUUCAUACAAGUCAAUGGAACAUAUCUCCUCAAUGAGACCAAUGGUAUUGCUGUAUCCAACAAGGAAGCUGGGUGGCUUUCUAAACUUUUCCGGCUCGAGAUAGUGUGUCCACCAAUAUAGACCACCAGAUGUGGGAAGAGACGAUGCAAGAUCGGACUGGAAAAUAUGUUAUAGGUAGCGCACGGCAGCAUAGAUGUUGACUUACAAUCGCAAGCCCAACAACAAAAAUAAAGCCACUCGCCCUGAAAGAUCAUAGCACCGAGUUGUGAACUGGCGCAUGUUCAACUUUCUCACCGAGUUUAUAUCUGCAAAGCACCCAAACCAUACCCACAGGUCCGGCAGGGAGUGAGAAAGAUAAUGCGGCUACAAUCGAUGGCACAAGGCCAAUGAUGCUAAAUGCAAUAGCAAAUGUUUUGAAUUGAGGAAUAAUGACAUCGAAGUUCCUGUUUAGAGCCCAUCGUAGCUAGUUAAGAGCCGACAUGUCAGUUUGAUGACGGCAGGAAAAAAUCCCCAGGAAGACAGGAGGAUAUCACAGAGGCCGAGAAGCUCCGCAUCCACACGGUUCCGCAAGUUCUGAGUCAUUGCGAAUCAUCAGGUAAUCAUCAUAUCCUCGAACCCCCCGUACGGGCAGUGCAGGCUACUUGUUAUGUAUGAUAGCGGUGUUGACUCCAAGGGGGGAGAAGAAAGAAAAGCAGCAGAAGUAAAGGCAACGGUUAGGAAAAAGAAACAAAGACUAUGGACAAUUCAUAGUCAGAAAGUUUAGACAGUUUAGAAAUGUUCCAACAGCAGCAGAAGAAUCAUUUAAUAGAAAAGCUGAGAAAGUGCGGCAUGAACUGCCGGGCAGUGUUUCACUCGGGCACAUAACUAAUAGAGUUACAACCUGGAAAUCUCUGCUAUAACCGGCGAUCAUGCAAUGACCAAUGUCUAUUAAAAAGGGGCAGCAACAAGGGUUAACUAUGACAAAAGUCUGCUGCGUCGCCGCUUAUAGACUGACUCCCUUGCGGCAGGGUAUCUGUUCUGUUUGAAAAUCUUUCCGAUCCCAGGCAUCAUUGCUCCAAUUGCCACUCCAUCAUUCCAGGAGUGGAUGAAGAUGAUGGUGGAUGGGGAGGAGUUGACGAAGCUGGCGGCGGAAGACUGAUCCCUAGUGGUUAAUUAGCUAGAAUCUAGCUGCAGGGGAAACUGCGUUGGCCAAAGCCGACUGAGUUUGACUGAGGAUGGGUUUAGAAUUAGCGGUUGUCGUCUAUUGCCUGAGAGGGGGUGGGAGGUCUGGAGGUUUGCAGAUUCCCUUUCGCAUUGGCAUGGAAACGAGGUCUUGUCCUCCUUGCUCUUCGCUAAGUCGAUUGCUCUAGCAUCGUAUAGUACAAUGGGAAACAUGGAAAUAAAAUUUGGCCCCUUUCAGCGUCACUGCCGUCUUGCAGAUUGACUGUUAACCUCGAAUGACUCUGCUCGCUAGAGAUGUUGAUCUCUGCAAACAUAGGCAGAAUUUGGGAGCUAAGUUACACCACAGAUUAAAGCUUGAUAUUCC